AUGGGGAAAUUCUAUGAGUCCAUCCCACCAAACCUCAUCAAGUGGAUCAAACUUCAACAGCUGUUCUGGGUAGCCAGUGCACCGUUGAGCGAGUACGGACACGUUAAUGUCUCUCCGAAAGGACUGCGGGGUUCGCUCCAUAUCGAAGAUCCGAAUAGGGUUUGGUAUGAAGACGUCACAGGCAGCGGAAGCGAGACAGUAGCACACGUCCGCGAGAACGGGCGGAUGACUAUCAUGUUUUCUGCAUUCGAGGGUACGCCUAGGAUCCUGAGGCUGUUUGGCAAAGGCACGGUGCACGAGUUCGGAACACCAGAAUAUGAAGCUUUGCUCCCACCGGACCGGCGCCGCCCCGGCUCGCGCUGUGCGGUCGUCAUGGAUGUAGAGAAAGUCGGGACGUCCUGCGGCCUGGGAGUCCCGCUGUAUACGUUCAACUCGCAUCGCCCAUCGCUCCUCAACAUCGCCGCGCGGCUCGAGGACGCCGAUCAAGCAUUCGAUGGCGAGGCGACGCAAGCACGCGAUUCCGAUGUGGAUCGCGGGAUUGCGGAGAAGGGCAUCAAGGCGUGGUGGACGGCACAGAACACCGAGAGCAUAGAUGGUCUUCCUGCUCUGCAAAGCGCAUUCAAGUCCCAUGUAACACCUGUGCAUGCACCACCAGAUGGGGAAUGGGGGAAAACGACAGAAUCUCAGCCCUCUCAGCCCUCUCAGUCCUCCCAGCCCUCCCAGCCCAGUCAAGCAGGAGAUCGCAGGCCACUUCUCGGCACGAAGGACGGACUUAUGGAGGUUUUGAGGCUGAUAUCAGUGUUCUUGAUGGGAUUAGCAGUAGCUGCAGCGUACAUCAAAACCUCCCAUGACGUACAAGCUAUGUAA